GGGUAUACGACUAAUGCGAGUUAACCUCAUUGGGAUAAAAUGGCCACUGGGAAUAUUAAUGUACCAAAUUGUUCUUUAAAUUCUGGUCAGACGAUGCCAAUGAUGGGCUUGGGGACUUGGCAAGUACGAUCAAAUGAAAACGACGAUUUUGUGUUUAAGGCAUUAGAUGAUGCUUUAAAAUCAGGAUAUCGAAUGAUUGAUACAGCAGCAUCAUACAAUAAUGAAAAAGAUAUUGGAAGAAGUUUGAAGACGCUUUUGCCAAAGUAUAAUCUCAAGAGAUCUGAUAUUUUCAUCACAAGCAAGCUAGCUCCCGCUGAUCAAGGCUUUGACACGGCCUACAAAGCUGGUCUGCAAUCCAUCGAUAAUUUGGGAUGCGAAUAUUUAGAUUUGUAUCUAAUACACUGGCCAGCGGUAUCGAAACUGAAGAGAGAGGAUCCAAAAAAUUUAGAAUAUCGGACGCAAAGUUGGAAAGCGUUCGAAAAACUUCAAAAUGAAGGUCACGUUAAAGCAAUUGGUGUUUCAAAUUAUCUUAUCCGACAUCUUGACGAAAUGAAGACGUACUCUUCUGUUGCUCCCGCAGUAAAUCAGGUCGAGUUCCAUCCUUACUUAUAUCAAAAAUCGCUAUUGGAGUACUGUAAAGCAAACAAUAUAAUAUUACAGGCUUAUUCAUCACUUGGCAUAGGAAAGCUUGUGGGUGAUUCCGUAUUUGUUGACAUGGGAAAAAAGUACGAGAAAACAUCAGCCCAUAUCUUGUAUCGCUGGGCCAUCGAACAUGAUGUUGCUAUCUUACCCAAGUCUGUCAACACAAAACACAUCAAUGAAAACAUGGAGGUAUUUACCUUUGGUUUAACCACGUCGGAUAUGAUGACGCUGGACAAUAUGAGCAAAGACACCCAUUUUUGUUGGAAUCCUGAAGAGGUUGCAUGAAAAUAAUUCAGUCAAAUAGAGAACAUAAAUAUAUAGAGAACAUAUAAAAGGAACAUAAAUAUUUUCUCUGUUUUUACUACACCGCUCAUAAUCAUUUUUAAAUAUGGCUAUGGCGUUGAAAAAUUAAAGCGAUGAAAUGGCUACUUUAUUAUAAUACAAUAAACACGUUUAUAAUCCACAACUUCAUAUUACCGCAUUUACAUAUCUCAAUGAUGUCGAAUGUUAAGCAGCUUGAUCAUAAAGAAAAAUAAGUGAUUGCAAUGACACCGCAGAAAUUGGUGUUUAAGACGUUUCAACCCGAAAAUCUAAU